CUGGAAGAACCUUGGGGCUUAAGCUUGCAAGCUGCAAGUAUUUACUUUGAGUUUUAGAAUGAGUCAUCUUGAUGUUAUUCGUCUAUUCGUUACCAAAGAAGGAGGCAAGUGAGACCAGCACAGAAGUGGGACAAAAACCUCGUCGCCUCAGCAGAUUUCACCUCUCGGCGAAACCCACUGGACGCACUGCUGGCGUAGAGUGAAAGGCGCUCAUCUUUACGCGUUGCAAAGGUCCCAGGAGUUAUCUAACCUCCACCAUGACUGAUCGCUUUGACUGCUACUACUGCCGUGACAAUCUGCAUGGCAAGAAGUAUGUGAAGAAGGAUGACAAGCACGUGUGCACCAAGUGCUUUGAUAAGCUCUGCGCCAAUACGUGCGCAGAGUGCAAACGCCCCAUUGGUGCUGACUCCAAGGAGCUGCACCACAAGAACCGCUACUGGCAUGAGGACUGUUUCCGCUGUGCCAAGUGCUACAAGUCACUGGCCAGUGAGGCAUUCAGCGCUCGGGAUGAUGGGAAGAUAAUGUGUGGCAAGUGUGGCUCCCGAGAGGAUGGCAAUCGCUGCCAGGGCUGCUACAAGGUGGUCAUGCCAGGAUCUCAGAACGUGGAGUACAAGAACAAGGUGUGGCAUGAGGAAUGCUUCACCUGCAUUGAGUGCAAGCAGCCAAUCCGCACACAGAGUUUCCUGGCCAAGGGUGAGGACAUCUACUGUUCUCCCUGCCACGAAAAGAAGUUUGCCAAGAAAUGCUUCCACUGCAAGCAGCCCAUCACCUCUGGAGGGAUCAGCUACCAGGACCAGCCAUGGCACUCCGAGUGUUUCGUGUGCAAAACCUGCCAUAAAUCUCUGGCAGGAACUCGCUUCACUUCUCAUGAGGACAACAUUUACUGCGUGGACUGCUACAAGACUGAUGUGGCCAAGAAGUGCCAUGGCUGCAAGAACCCAAUAACAGGGUUUGGCCACGGCACCAAUGUGGUCAACUAUGAGGGAUUGUCCUGGCAUGAGUACUGCUUCAACUGCAAGAAGUGCUCCCUCUCCUUGGCCAACAAGCGCUUUGUCAUCAAUGGAGAGCACAUUUAUUGCCCCGACUGUGCUAAGAAGCUGUAAAAUGUGCAAACUGUUGUGCAUCUGAGAAUUUGAUGAUGUGGAGUUAACACCUAAACUGACUUUUUGACAAAAAUUUGCAAGGUUGCUAAACUACAGGCUGUGUCAAUUAACUUGCAUUUAUCUAUGUAAACAUAACUGCAGCUUGUUUCAGAGUCAGGGAUUGGAUACUAACAUGACGUAUUUUCUUUGUGGGUUUGUGAUGUGCACUAUAUAUCUAAUACAGGAUUUUGUAGAGCCUAUUGAGACAAAAGUCUUUUCAGUGGCUUACUGGAAUCUUUUGGGGGGGAAAAUGCUUUUAAUAUGCUUCCUGCUGCUAAUACAUACCAGCUUUGAUUAAUAGUCUGUUACAUCUCUGAAUGCACAAAUAGAAAACGAGAAAACUGUUUAGAUGAACCCAUACUGAAAUAUAAAGUGCUCAUGUAUUCUUAAUGAGUGACAUUAAAUGCAAAACAUGAAUAAAAACAAA